AUGAGUAAUACAUUCAUGAGACAGCUUUAUAAUCCAGGUCUUCAAUUAUUCACGGAUGCAGAUAAAGAUGAGGAUAUACUCUAUAAAAAUGGAAAUGUUCAGAAAUUAUCCCAAACCAAAAAUAUGGAUAAUGGUCCGGAGGUCGACUGCAUAGUUGACCAAGAUAUAUUAUUAUCCAUCAAACAGAGGGACAUAUCGCUCUCUAAAUCCGUGCACUUUAGUGAUUCUUCUCCAACAAUAGUUCCAGAGAGUCCCUAUGUCUCGAACUCUACUUAUGGAAAUUCAAUAUCCCCAUUUUGGAAUAAUAUAAUAUCGUUAGUAUUUAAAGAUUUACCAUAUAGUGACGAUGAUCAGUUUAAAGAGGAAUUUAAGUAUAACAUAAUCAGUUCAUCAUUUUUGCAUGACUUGAACAGUUAUAUCCAUCCACUAAAACCUAAAAGUUCCAUUCUAGACCUCAACAAUCAAGAGAAUCAAAAAAUGAAUAAAAAUGUUAAGAUGACCAGAAAAACUAGAUAUGGUCGAUUAAUAAAAGUAACUAAUUAUAAGUUUAUGUUAAUCGAAUCGUUAGAUUACAGGAACAUUAUCUUUUCAUGCUUGAAAGUUAUAUAUUCAUUGAGAAAAUUGGAUAAGUCAUUACAACAUAAUACCAAGAGAAUCAUAAUUGUAAUAUUAGUUUUACUUUACCUUUCAUUUCAACAAACCCAUUUUAGAAUACGUAAUAUUAAAACUAAUUUUAUUAAAAUAAUUAAACAGAUAACUCCGACCUUUGAAAACUUCGAUGCUUUGAUUAGUCAAUAUCAUUUACAAUAUAAAGAAUUGAACAUAAAGAAGAAUUCAAUACAACUACAAGAAAAGGAACAAAUUAAGGAGAACAAACAUAUAGAAAAUAAAUCAUCAUUAGAACGUACAAAUAUCUCAAUAAUACACGAUAUCUUAAACUUCACUACAAAUCACAUUUUCUUUAAAAUGAGUUCUACUAUUCGACAAUGGUUAAUACACUGUAAUUUUGACAAUUUGCAUAGUUACUGUGAAAUAUUUGAUAUAACUGUAUUAGAUUUGUGUGUUUGUUUGACUCAGCAUUGUACUUCCUUAUCUCAAAAUAUUUCAAAUAUUCACAUUCUUCAGAAAUUUUUAUUUUGUUGUUUAUUAUCGAUUCCUAAUGAUAGUAUAAUUCAACCUAAGAUUCAUGAUGCGAACUUCAAAAAAAAGAUUUUAAGAUUAUUUAAAUGUACGACUAACGAAAAUCUAAUAAGAAAUGAUGAGGGUUCUAUUUUAAAUCAAGUUAAUUUAUCUUUGAUGUCAUUGAUCGAAACAAUGAAAAUAUUAAUUUCUUCGCUUAAGGAAAAUAAAGAUGCAUUCGAAGAAACUAGAUCGGAUUGCACUAUAUAUUCAAUUGAUGGUAGUCAUGAUCAAACAAUGAGAAUUAGACAAUUGAAUUUAAUAUUCGAAACGUUAGAAUCUUUGGAGGACCAAAUCGGAAUGUUACGAAAAUUUCAUAAUAAAAAUAAAUUGAACCAUAAUUUCAGUUCAAUUGAGAAUCGUCUACAAAAUUUAAUGGACUCUAUAAACUAUUCUCAUAAAGAACAGCAAAGCCACAUGGUCUCUAAAGGUCGUCAUACAUCACGGAUAAUAUCAGAGAAACGAACUUCCAAUUAUAGUAAAGGAUUUUCCUUGGAUGUUCUGCGUGCGCCAAGUCCUCUUGAUGCCUCUAUUAAUCUUAAUAGAAAAGUUGAAUUUAUUAAAGUCGGUAAUAGUGAUGCAGAAGACGGGGGAUUGGUUUCGAGUGAUGACGAAUACUUUAACGAAGACGAAACAAUUAUACAAUGUGAAGUUCAACCUAAUGUUGAGACCCAUACAAAUCGUGGAAUGUCUGUUCAUUAUCAAAGUAUGCGACAAUUAUCUGACGAACAAUUACAAAGACAACUACAGGAUAAAAUAACAAAAUUUUCAGCUGAAAAUAAAAAGAGCAGAGAGAAUCUGAGAGCUGAGAAAUCAUUUGAAUUGUUAAAGAGAUGUAGGAAUCACCAUAAUGAACAACUAAAUUUCGACAAGACUAAAAAUGCAAUUCAUGGUCAGUUCGACGUAGAUAUGACGGAACUAAAUGGGAAAUUAGAUAAAGAACAUCAUAUCUGCGUUUCUGAGGAGGGAAUCCCAAUUCUAUACAACAUAAGGGAAUACUCUUAA